AUGCGAAUCGCGCCGUCGCCGCGAAAGUCAAUCUUGGAUUUGUGCGCUCAGACCGAAAUCGACACUCCAGCCCCAGCUGCACCUGGCCCCCUCUACAACACCGGCGAAUUGAACGCACCGUGCAACGACUGGACCUCGUUGUCGGUGAUCUGUUUCGGCGUCUGUGAACUCACAAUCCGCCGCAAUCGUUCGGCCGCUCCGUCUGUGGCCCAGUUCCCAGUCGUCGACUGA